GGGGUAUAAGAAAAGUCGGCGAGGCUGCCGUCCUGCUGCUCUGAUCUGUAGUUCUGUAUUGUGCAAUGGACGGCCGUUUAGAGACGGAUUUGUAUCCUCUGGGAUCCCGUUACGUCGCUGAAAUAGACAGUGUCCACGACAUAACAGUUGGUACAAAGAGGGGGUCUGACGAGCUCUUCUCCUCCUGCAUCUCCAACGGAUCCUAUAUCAUGAGUGCGAAUGGCAACGACAGCAAGAAAUUCAAAGGUGACAUCAGGAGCCCGGGCAUUCCAUCGCGUGUCAUACACGUUCGCAAGCUUCCCAAUGACAUCAACGAGGCCGAGGUCAUCUCUCUGGGCCUGCCCUUCGGCAAAGUCACCAACCUGCUCAUGCUGAAAGGGAAGAACCAGGCCUUUUUGGAAAUGAACACGGAGGAGACCGCCCAAACCAUGGUCAGCUAUUACUCCUCUGUGACCCCCGUCAUCAGGAACCACCCCAUUUUCAUGCAGUAUUCCAAUCACAAGGAGCUGAAGACGGACAACUCGCCCAAUCAGGUGAGAGCCCAGGCCGCUCUGCAGGCUGUCAACGCUGUCCAGACGGGCAGCAUGUCGGUGGCUGGUGUGGACGCGUCCGGCGUGGGCGGGCAGAGUCCCGUGCUGCGGAUCAUCGUGGAGAACCUCUUCUACCCCGUCACGCUGGAUGUCCUGCACCAGAUCUUCUCCAAAUUUGGCACGGUGUUGAAGAUCAUCACGUUUACCAAAAACAACCAGUUCCAAGCGCUGCUCCAGUACUCGGAUGCCAUGACUGCCCAGCAUGCUAAACUGUCGCUUGACGGGCAGAACAUCUACAACGCCUGCUGUACCCUGCGCAUCAGUUUCUCCAAGCUGACCAGCCUCAACGUCAAGUACAACAACGACAAGAGCCGCGACUACACCCGGCCCGACCUGCCCACCGGGGACAGCCAGCCAGCCAUCGACCACCAGGCCAUGGCCGCCGCCUUCGGGGCCCCUGGGAUUAUCUCAGCCUCUCCGUACGGGGGGACAGCACAUGCCUUUCCACCCGCCUUCGCCAUCCAGCAGGCAGCAGGUCUGACGGUGCCUGGAGUCCCGGGGGCCUUGGCCUCUCUGAGCAUGCCUAGUGCUGCAGCCGCUGCUGCAGCCGCCGCUGCUGCCAGUCGCCUGGGCCUCUCCGGUCUGACCGGUGGCCACAGCGUCCUGCUGGUCAGCAACCUCAACGCAGAGAGCGUAACGCCCCAAUGCCUCUUUACUCUCUUCGGAGUGUAUGGUGACGUGCUGAGAGUGAAGAUCCUGUUUAACAAGAAGGACAAUGCUCUGGUGCAGAUGGCUGACGGGACCCAGGCCCAGCUAGCCAUGAGCCACCUGAACGGGCAGAAGCUCCGCGGCAAGGCGAUCCGCGUCACCCUGUCCAAGCACACGACGGUCCAGCUGCCUCGUGAGGGACACGAGGACCAGGGCCUGACCAAGGACUUCAGCAACUCGCCCCUCCACCGCUUCAAGAAGCCCGGCUCCAAGAACUACCAGAACAUCUUCCCCCCUUCUGCCACCCUGCACCUCUCCAACAUCCCGCCGUCAGUGGUUGAAGAUGACCUGAAGUCUCUGUUCGGCAGCUCUGGGGCCAUGGUCAAGGCCUUCAAGUUUUUCCAGAAGGACCGCAAGAUGGCUUUGAUCCAGAUGGGUUCGGUGGAGGAGGCCAUCGAGUCGCUGAUCGAAUUCCACAACCACGACCUGGGCGAGAACCACCACCUCCGGGUGUCCUUCUCCAAGUCCACCAUCUGAGCCGGUGGGGGAGGACAGAGGGGAGGACUGUCACUUUAGACCACGGCCGCAUAGAGCUCGUGGAACGCUGUAUAUCCACAAGAUUCACUUCCUCAUUCCCUUAUGUACCUAUAUGUGUAUCUGUAUCGAAUGCCACUUGGAGCCAGUAGACCACAGGGCAUCCAGUACAAACCCAGAGAUUUUUUUAUUUGGGGAUUUUAAAGCAUUUAUUUGAAGCUUUUUUUUUUUUUUUUCUUUUCUGGUAAUGGUUCCCAUGUUUGUGAGGAUCAUUCAGCCAUCUUGUAGCACAGAUGGUAGGAGCUGUGUUCAAUCUAACUGCAAUGUGCUUUGCCCGCUGGAUUGUGGAUGGAAAUUUUUUGAAGCAGUUUUUUGCUUUCUUUUCAACCGGUUUCUUUCUGCUCAAGGCAGUGAAUGUCAGUAUGACAGAUGGCAGGUAAUUUCAAAGAGGAACACUUGCAUUGUUGUUCAUAGUUGAAUACAGGGCACACUGCAUUCAGAUUGAUGAGAGCCUCUGGUUGUUUACUCUUGUGUUUGGAGCUUCUCUACACACUGCUCACCGCUGUGCCUACACCAAGCCUUAAACACCCAGCUUCACUCUAUUCCUUCAUCCCUCUGGGGAUUCAGACCACUAGGCAUUCAGGUGUGGGCAUGGGGCUGUGAAUGUCCUCUCUGCCUUUCUGUAGAAGCCUGUGCCUUAUCACACACGCGCACACACACAGACACACACACCCUCUCUGUUUAAGCUGCGUGAGGCCUUCACACUGCUGUUUUGGGCUUCAUAUUCAGAAAGAAAUCAGAACUUCCUUUUUGAUGAAAAUGUCCAAAAUUAAGCCCCCUGUGUUUGCAGAUUUUGUUUACAUAAAUAUUUUUUGGUUGUGGGGACAGAGCUUCAGUAGAGAUGUUUACAACAUCUGGAAAUCAUGAAUUUGCAGUUGAGAGCAUGUUGAUUGGUGUCUAAUUCUUUCUCUUCACAAAAAUGGCAUCUUAAUCAAACAUGCUUUUUCUCUUGCCCCUGACUCAUUCAGAAAUGCUCAGCUCUGUGUCUGUAGGACCACCAAAAUAGUGAUUUUUAGCAGGCAAAGCAUUAUCCAACAAGUUAAGGGUGUUCAUGGGAACUGAAGUCCAGAGCUUGUGCCGGAGUGCUCCACGUCCUACAACUGUGGGCUUCACCUAAGUGUUGCACAAUGUACAUCAGCUGGAGACACGGGGUUAGUCAGGUUUUCAGAAUCCAUGCCCUGCCUUAUUUAGCCUUUUUUUUAUUUUUUAAAUCCUCUUUUAUAAUAUGAAGCCUCAGUCUUUCUUAUCAUAUUUACUGUCUAACUAUAUAGAUCUACUGCAGUUUUCAUUCCAUUUUAUUAUUUUUAAAUUUAUGCAAUUGUGUUUGUGGAAAUUCAAUAAUGUAUCUGUAUAAUUUCUAUACUGUACUUGGAUCUGGGGGUCAGUGGUUCUUCUAUAGUCACUGUGCCUUGGCUAUGUCUUAUAUGGUUGAGUUUUCACAAGUAAGUCUUAUUUCCCCUUUUUUUGUUCCCCCAAAUGUUGUGCAGUGCCCAUCCAGCUUAUAUACGUAUCUAUAUAUAAUUUUUGUUGGUACACAGCACUCAGAACAUUCCUCUGAUUGGGCGCACACAAGCCCCCUUGCCCUGCUUUGAUAUAAGGCAGUGUCGAGAGAGAGAGAAGGCUCGUCUUUCUUUCAUUCCAAAACCACAGCGCAGUCCUGUGCUUCAGCUGUGAUCUUGAGACUGAGUUUUGCUUCAUGACAGUGUAGGGCCUACCCAGGCCUCAGCUUUUGUGAAGAAAGUACGACCAGAAGCUGCCGAUUCUGGGAGUUUUAUCGACCGUUUAACUUCCACAGCAGUCUCAGGAUGUUGCGUUUUUAAUGCUUGGAGAAAUACUUGUUCCUCCGUCGCAACCCUUUCCUAAAAAUUGAACGCACAUCUCAAGCGUGACCUGUUAACACACACACGGGUCGUUGAGUUCGAAAUGCACUUCGGAGUGUGUUAACACUGUAAAUUAACCCACCUUGUGGCCUUCAAAAGUGUAGUAACACGUUUACUACCUGAAUGCGAAAUCCGGGUGAAGAGUUGCGUAAUGUCGACAUACCGCCUCACUCCAACCGGAACGCCUCGCCGGGGUCUCCACCCCCCCGUGAAGUGUGGAGUGACUUUUCGGCGCCACUGUUGCCUUCCAGCGCGUCUUAAUUCAAACAUUCCUUUUGUGCCUGCAGCGUUUGUGGGCCGGCCUUCAUAACUCAGCUUUUGAUCUGUGUCACUUCAAACGUGUCCCCCUUUUUUUUUUUGUCUUUGACUUGCAGAGAAAGGAGAAACCGUAUAUAUGAAUCUGAAAGUCUGGUGCAAA